AGUCCACAUAAACUAGUGACGUCAUUGUGGUCCACCAUUUUGUUUCUCCUCUCAGAUUUCAAACUGAACCAGUCUAUUUUCAAACUUUUGUAGAUCUAGAUCUACAUUGUAUUUUAAAAACCGUCCUCACGCUGAUGCAUAGACUCCACUAUGGCUGUGGUUGGUAAUCUAAACGUUUCCAAAGACUUGGAUCAGGUGAUGACCUACUACUGUCAGCAGCUGAAAAAACUGUCGACCUACUGGUCACAAAUGACACAGUUGGGCGUGUGUGAUGUGACCAUGUCCAAGAGCGCGGAGGACAUGAUGGAUCGUCUGGAGCAGGCCGUGGCAGCCAUCAUGGAGAAAGAAAUUCGAGUGGAAAAGGCCAAACAGUCUGUCCUUGACCUCAAAGCCAUUUUAGAUAUCUCGCGUCAAACAGUUGAAGCCAAAAGCAAACAUCUGGGACAGGAGGAGAAGCAGAAGGAAGAAGCCCAGAGCCUUAAGUUUAAAGAGUACCAGAGGAUUCACAAGCUGCAGGACGAGAAAGCUCUGUUUGAGAAAGAGAUAGUUCCAGCCAAGAGGAAGUUGUCCAAGCUCAAAGAUUUGUUGGAUGAAAAGAAUGAGAAAAUGAGAAAUUUGGAGAACUUCCACGAGAUCCUGGCUGACCACUGUGCCCUGGACAUGAUCCUGCUCAAGGACAUGACGGAUGAGACGAGGGCUGAGAGGCACAAGUGGGACGCGCCUGAUCUAGAUGUGUCUAAAGAAAUGAAUGCAUUUCUUCUCAACAUGGACGAGCUACACGCCCUGGAGGAGACAGUUGGUGACUUUAAAGAUGUGCUUCAAAACCAGAAGAUUUGGUAUGAUGAAGAACUACAGACAAAACUUUUUUAUUCCACUCGAAGUAAAGAGAUCAAGCAUAAAAUUAACUAUUUCAAGAAUGUGCUUCGUCGUUUGGAAAAAACAGGUCGAAGUGAAGACACUGAUGAGGAUCACGAUGAGAAACGUUUGAGCAGACGGUCUGAGCAUAUCCUUGUUGAUGGCUCCCCAGGAGUUGAAGCCAAAGAGGUGGAGUUGUAUCUCAGCCACCAGUUUGGUAUGAAAGUCCUGGCUGACUACACUAUGUUGAGAAGAUUAAAAGAUGAAAUAGGAGUUCAAGGUUUGGCUUAUCUGGUGGAAAAAAUCAGGCUACAAGGCUGCAGCUGUGCCCAAACACCCUCACCAAGCCAGUCCUACACAGACUGGGAGGAGAAACGGAUAGAGAAGGCCCUAAAAAGUAUUGCACUAGAAUACAGGGACCAUGAUGAAAACAAAAGAUUGCUCAGAGUUCCAGGUUUGAGCCAGGACAGCUGUGUGGAGGAGCAGCAGCACGCCCCAUCUGACCACACCUACCCCUCCUCCCCAUCACUAUCCAACAGCUCCUACCUGACCAGGAACACGUCCAAUACAGAAGUUUCCUCCCCUUCCAACCAAGCCAGCAGGAAAAGUUCUAGUAACUCGUUAAAGAGGAAAAAUUCAUUGGCUCGCAUCAAAAAGUUUCUCAAGUUUUGAAACAGGUUGCUGUAACAGUCAGCAUAGAUUUUUCUUAUGUUUCAGAUUAUAUUGAUUUUUCUUUUGUUUCAGAUUAUAUUGUCUUACUCAUUUAAACUUUAAAUAUCCCAAUUGAAAAAAAACCUUUGUAUCAGAAAAUAACCCUUAGGAUUAUUAAAGAGCCUCAAUUCUA